AUGGAUAAUUUGGAAGACGAUACCAAUCCUAGGACAAAGUUCAAAACUUUAAAGGAUAAAGUUUCUUCAGCUACAUUGGAAGCCAUCAAGGAUAUGGGAUUUAAGAAAAUGACUGAUAUCCAAGCAGAAGUAUUGCCUGAGGCGUUAGACGGCUUUGACGUAGUUGCUACAGCGAAAACAGGUUCUGGUAAAACCCUGGCUUUUCUAAUACCAUCUGUUGAAGUUGUUAUAAAAUGUUUGGGAAAACACAUGGCAGGUACAUUUAGUAUAAUAGUUUCACCUACAAGAGAAUUAGCAAUUCAGACUUACACUGUGCUUCAAGAUUUAAUUGCACAUUAUGAUAAUAUAACAUCUGCUCUCAUCAUUGGUGGAGAAAGUAGAAAGAAGCAGAGUGCAGAAUUAAGUUCUGGAGUCCACAUUGUUGUUGCUACUCCUGGAAGACUCUUUGAUCAUAUGAGAACAAAAGAAUUUGACUAUAGUAAGACUUGUUGUUUAGUGUUGGAUGAAGCAGAUAAGAUUUUCCAGUAUGGAUUUGAAGAAGACUUGAAGCAAAUUAUUAGUCGUUUACCAAAGGACAGACAGACUAUGUUGUUCAGUGCAACACUAUCCGAGAGAACUGAAGCCUUGAUCAAAUCAGCCAUGAAGGAAAAGGUUCACAAUAUAAAUACUGAUGAAGAUAAUCUAAUAGCUACAGUUGAAGGUUUAAAACAGGGAUAUGCUGUUUGUGAAACUGAAUACAGAUUGUGGUGGCUGCACAAGUUAAUGAAGAAAACAAAAAAUUAUAAAGUUAUGGUGUUUUUCUCUAGCUGUAAAUCAGUUGAAUUUCAUCAUGAAUUCUUCAGCAAGUAUUGUCAAGAAUCAGUGUUGUGUAUACACGGGAAGAUGAGCCAAGCAGAUAGAACUGACGUUAUAUCAAAUUUCUAUAAUGCAGAAAACGUGACGUUGUUUUGUACCGACCUUGCAGCUAGAGGAUUAGAUAUACCUUCAGUGGAUUGGAUAGUACAAUUUGAUCCACCGUCAGAUGCUAAUGAAUACAUUCACAGAGUAGGGAGGACUGCAAGAGGAAUGGGCGCCGAAGGAAACGCUGUAAUGCUUUUGCGGCCUGACGAGAUAGAUUUCGUUAAUUAUUUGAAGGAAUCCAAAAUAUAUUUAGAUAAAUAUGAAUCUUGGAAUAAAUUAGCAAAUUUACAGCCAAAGUUGGACGCUGCCAUGUCAAAUCCCCACUUUCAGCAGUUAGCUGUAGAAGCCUUCCAAGGUUACAUGAGAGCUUUUGAAGUGAAAAAGUUAAAGCACAUCUUCAAUUUAAUUUCAAUGGAUGUAGAUGCGGUGGCCAGAUCAUUCGGAUUAAAAAAUAGGCCUGAUGUCGAUAUCCGUAUUGGGUUCAGUAAAAAACAUAGGCCAAGAAAACGAAUGGCAGCUAUGCUUGCUGAAAAGUCUACUGGAGAAAAGCGUUUUAAAUAG